AUGGGCCCUGGGCUGGGUGCUGCAGCCCGAGGCGAGGCCCAAAUAAGCCAGCCCAAGACAUCCAUACUCCCGCUCCUGCCUGGCCAGCGGCUCCCCGAUUCUCUUCCUGUUCCCGGCGGCGACGGCGUCACGGCGAGGCUGCCCAGGCGCCCAAGAUCCAUAGCUCCGCGCCACCGCCUCCGCCUCCAGAGCUCCACGCUCCAACCGGCCGCGCUUCUGUGGUCAGCCCGUUCUGCAUACUGCAGACCUGUCCCGCGGCGGCGCCCGGCCGCAGGUGGCUGGUCGCCCCUUCAGCAGCCGGCUCCCGGCAGCCUGCGCCCCCCCCCCCCCCCCCCCUCACGGCACUCCCCCAGGCGGCCAGACAGAGUAGCAGGCUCCGCGCUCCAGAUUCCAGAAGGCGAGAGGGAGGGCAGUGGCACCAGCACCACUCACCGCCCCUGCUCUGCUGCAGGCUGCUCACGUGCAGGGAAGGAAACCAUGCAACAGACUGAAAGAAGGCAUGGAUUAAAGAAAGGGAACUAAAGCCUCACUUUCCAAACAAUGUGACUAGCGCACUCGGAGCAAAGGAUAUGCAAUAACCGUCGUAUGAAAGAAAAUUAAAAUUCAGGCACCUGAAUUUUAGCAAGAUUCAUAUAUACAUAUAUGUGGACCUGUGAUGUUCUAUACUGGUUGGUGUCGUUGCAGAUACAUGAAAAUUAAAAUUCAGGAACCUAAAAUAGUUUCACUGUUUGAAGUCAGAUUGGGCAAACUCAACCCGACUGGUCUGGUGUGUUAUUAGGCACAGUCUGCUCCGUACAACUUGAAGGAAACUUGAUGGACCCUGGGUCCAGACUCCUAUCAGUGCAUGCGCCCAUGGCUUUGAUAAGUGCCACGUGGUGCUCGAAUAGUGGCAGAUCAUGAGAGCAGCUCAAAUGCGUGUGUAUUCAAGGCUGAAUGGAAAGCCACUGGAAGAAUAUAUAUGUGUUUGGAGUUUGUACAAAAGAGUUUUGGAGCAACAAGAAACUUCUGGGGCUCAUGGGUGCAGUUUGCUACCAAUGGCUAUUUUUGUGGUGGAGGCUACACGUACCCCCAUGGCUGUCUAUUUCAACCACGUUAGAGUGUGUGUGUUGAACUUUUAGAAGUGUUCAGGCUCUAUUAUUGAAAGCACUCUUGCCGCCAAAAGUGCUUAAAAGGAUCAUUAGGUGACAAGUGGUUAGGCUAGUUAGAGUGUCAAGUUGGCACUUCACUCUAGGGUUGUAAUCUUGCCACACACGCUCCUUGCUUUUGUGGUAUGACCGCCUAUGGUGUACGAAGGAAAGAGUUCCACGCCGUUUGAGCUAGAAGCUUGAUAGUGAUGACAAUGGGAUGCAGUCUUGGAGAGGUCACCGUACCUGACCCACUUGUACGUUAUUCCAUUGGUGGUGUGAUUUACCAUCUUAUGGACUGUUUGUGACCGCUAAUAAUCAAUUUGAUUAUAAUCA